GUCAGAUUCAGAAAUUAGAAAGAGAAGAGCGCCGUGAAACAAGGCGCAGCCGCAAGUAAACAGAGUCGAAUUUCCUCUCACGAACAGAGCGAAGAAAUACAAACAAGCAGAGAUUAUUCUCUUAUAAACCAAUUUUGGUCCUUAGAGAUUGUCUUAUUAUGAAAAGAGGAUACUCCCAAUCUCCUUCAAGCUCUACUCCUCCUUCUUCUUCCAGAUUCAAAUCAAACCCUGAAGGUGAUUCACAGUUUCUGGAAGAUGAUUCCACAAAGAACUUUGCACGGAAAGUAGCUGAUCAUUACAGUCGAAGAACAAACCAAACUUUGGAAGAGAGAGAAGCUAGUCCCAUCAUUCAUCUGAAGAAACUUAACAAUUGGAUUAAAAGUGUGUUGAUCCAGCUAUAUGCUCGUCCUGACGAUGCUGUUCUAGACCUUGCCUGUGGGAAGGGUGGUGAUUUGAUCAAGUGGGACAAGGCAAGGAUUGGUUACUAUGUUGGAAUCGAUAUAGCUGAAGGGUCGAUUGAAGAUUGUCGAACGCGUUAUAAUGGUGACGCAGACCAUCACCAACGUCGUAAGAAGUUCAGCUUUCCAUCCCGUUUAUUAUGUGGGGAUUGUUUUGAGGUAGAACUAGACAAGAUUCUUGAAGAGGAUGCCCCUUUUGAUAUCUGCAGUUGCCAGUUUGCUAUGCAUUACUCAUGGACAACUGAGGCACGUGCACGACGAGCUUUAGCAAAUGUCUCAGCUCUACUUCGUCCUGGAGGCGUCUUUAUAGGAACAAUGCCUGAUGCCAAUGUUAUUAUCAAAAAACUCCGUGAAGCUGAAGGUUUGGAGAUUGGUAAUAGUGUAUACUGGAUUCGUUUUGGUGAAGAGCAUUCCCAAAAGAAGUUCAAACCUAGCAGCCCCUUUGGUAUUGAAUACGUAUUUCACCUUGAGGAUGCUGUUGAUUGUCCUGAAUGGAUUGUGCCCUUUAACGUCUUCAAGUCUUUAGCCGAAGAGUAUGAUUUAGAGUUGGUGUUUGUGAAGAACUCACACGAGUUUGUCCAUGAGUAUAUCAAGAAACCAGAGUUUGUAGAUCUCAUGAGAAGGCUUGGUGCUUUAGGUGAUGGUAACCAAGAUCAGAGCACAUUAUCAGCUGAUGAAUGGGAAGCUGCAUAUCUAUACCUCUCUUUUGUCUUGAGGAAGAGAGGAGAAUCUGAUGGAGCUCAAAGGAGAGGAGGGAGGAGGAAGAAUGGGAAAAUGAACUUAUCGAAAGACGAUGUUUUGUAUAUUGACAACUGAUGUUUAAAAGAGUUGUAACUUUACACACCGCCGGCCAAGACUUUGUUUUGGUCUCACUUUAUGUUUUUUGCCAUUUAAGCUUUUGAGAGAGUGGUUUAUGUACUUCAAACAUUAUAAUCCCUUCACAGAGAAAGAUGAGAAGAAGUUUAAUAAUAAGAGUAGUCAUUGAACA